AUGACAGAGUGUAAGACAGGCUUUUAUGGAGAAAAUUGCAAGAAGGCAUGCAGUAUUUUCUGUAAGUCAUCACGCGAUUGUAACCACGUGACUGGACAUUGUGAUGAAGGAUGUAUUGGCGGAUGGCAGGGUGCUUUGUGUUUGCAAGUUGCAGAUAAAACGGAUGAUAAUGAUUGUCUGUCAAGAUUUUAUGGUGUUCUUGCUGCUCUCUGUGUUUGUUUGAUAAUAAUCGCCAUUUUAAUGUCUUAUAUAUGUAUCUAUAGAUGGAAAAUGAGAGAAAAACUAAGGAAACUGAAGUAUAAAGAAGAUAAAGAUAUUAAGGUCGCAUCAUUUAACAUGGACAUUACCACUAAUGAGAAGGAUGAAGUCGAGAAGAACGAAUAUCAGGAGCUGGGAGAACUGGCCCUACCAUCACAUUAUGAUCGGCUUUAA